CAACAUGGCCGCUAGAAGGCGAGGCUGACUUUCUGCUAAUUCUGCCUAACCUCUUCCCGGGCGUGGGUGGGCAGCGCCGAGUAACGUCAGAGCGCUACUCCGUGCGUCACGGGUGGCGGGCGCGGGAAGGGGAUUUGGAUUGUCGGCGCCUGUGCUCUGGCGAGGAGAGUGCUGUCCGGCCCCAACUCCAGUCUCCGCACCUGAGCAGCGCCUGGAGCCUAGACCUUCGCACUCUGCCACCUUCUCGAGCCCGCCGGCCCUCAGAGCUGCAGCCCGGUCUCGAAUCUCUCAGUGCCUCAGCCGCUAGCCGCGAUGCAUGUGAUCAAGCGAGAUGGCCGCCAAGAGCGAGUCAUGUUCGACAAAAUUACGUCUCGAAUCCAAAAGCUUUGUUAUGGACUCAAUAUGGACUUUGUUGAUCCUGCUCAGAUCACCAUGAAAGUAAUCCAAGGCUUGUAUAGUGGGGUCACCACAGUAGAACUGGAUACUUUGGCUGCUGAAACAGCUGCAACCUUGACUACUAAGCACCCUGACUAUGCCAUCUUGGCAGCAAGAAUUGCUGUCUCUAACCUGCACAAAGAAACAAAGAAAGUGUUCAGUGAUGUGAUGGAAGACCUCUAUAACUACAUAAAUCCACAUAAUGGCAGACACUCUCCCAUGGUGGCCAAGUCAACACUGGAUAUUGUUUUGGCCAAUAAAGAUCGCCUGAAUUCUGCAAUUAUCUAUGAUCGAGAUUUCUCUUAUAAUUACUUUGGCUUUAAGACGCUAGAGCGGUCCUAUUUAUUGAAGAUCAAUGGAAAAGUGGCUGAAAGACCACAGCAUAUGUUGAUGAGGGUAUCUGUAGGGAUUCACGAAGAAGACAUUGAUGCUGCAAUUGAAACAUAUAACCUUCUUUCUGAGAGGUGGUUUACUCAUGCUUCUCCCACUCUCUUCAAUGCUGGUACCAACCGCCCACAACUUUCUAGCUGUUUCCUUCUGAGUAUGAAAGAUGACAGCAUUGAAGGCAUUUAUGAUACUCUAAAGCAAUGUGCAUUGAUUUCUAAGUCUGCUGGGGGAAUUGGUGUUGCUGUGAGUUGUAUUCGGGCUACUGGCAGUUACAUUGCUGGGACUAAUGGCAAUUCCAAUGGCCUUGUACCGAUGUUGAGAGUAUAUAACAACACAGCUCGAUAUGUGGAUCAAGGUGGAAACAAGCGUCCUGGGGCAUUUGCUAUCUACCUGGAGCCUUGGCAUUCAGACAUCUUUGAGUUCCUAGAUUUAAAGAAGAACACAGGGAAGGAAGAACAGCGUGCCAGGGAUCUUUUCUUUGCCCUUUGGAUUCCGGAUCUCUUCAUGAAACGAGUGGAGACUAAUCAGGACUGGUCUUUAAUGUGUCCUAAUGAGUGCCCUGGUCUGGAUGAGGUUUGGGGAGAGGAAUUUGAGAAGUUAUAUGAAAGUUAUGAGAAACAGGGUCGUGUCCGCAAAGUUGUAAAAGCUCAGCAGCUUUGGUAUGCUAUCAUUGAGUCUCAGACAGAGACAGGAACUCCAUACAUGCUCUACAAAGAUUCCUGUAAUCGGAAGAGCAACCAGCAGAACCUGGGAACCAUCAAAUGCAGCAACCUGUGCACAGAAAUAGUGGAAUAUACCAGCAAAGAUGAGGUUGCAGUCUGUAACCUGGCUUCCCUGGCCCUGAAUAUGUAUGUCACAUCAGAGCACACAUAUGACUUUAAGAAGUUGGCUGAAGUCACUAAAGUCAUUGUCCGAAACUUGAAUAAAAUUAUUGAUAUAAACUACUACCCUGUCCCAGAGGCAUGCUUAUCAAAUAAAUGCCAUCGCCCCAUUGGGAUUGGGGUACAAGGUCUGGCAGAUGCUUUUAUCCUGAUGAGAUAUCCUUUUGAGAGUCCAGAGGCCCAAUUAUUGAAUAAGCAAAUCUUUGAAACUAUUUAUUAUGGAGCUCUGGAAGCCAGCUGCGACCUGGCCAAGGAGUGUGGGCCAUAUGAAACCUAUGAGGGCUCUCCAGUAAGCAAAGGAAUUCUUCAGUAUGAUAUGUGGAAUGUUACUCCCACGGACCUAUGGGACUGGAAACUUCUCAAAGAGAAGAUUGCAAAGUAUGGUGUAAGAAACAGUUUACUUAUUGCCCCAAUGCCUACUGCUUCAACUGCUCAGAUCCUGGGCAAUAAUGAGUCCAUUGAACCUUACACCAGCAACAUUUAUACUCGCAGAGUCUUGUCAGGAGAAUUUCAGAUUGUAAAUCCUCACUUACUGAAAGAUCUUACUGAGCGGGGCUUAUGGGAUGAAAAGAUGAAAAACCAGAUUAUUGCAUGCAAUGGCUCUGUCCAGAGCAUACCAGAAAUUCCUGAUGACCUGAAGCAACUUUAUAAAACUGUAUGGGAAAUCUCUCAGAAAACUGUUCUCAAGAUGGCAGCUGAGAGAGGUGCUUUCAUUGAUCAAAGCCAGUCUUUGAACAUCCAUAUUGCUGAGCCUAACUAUGGCAAACUCACUAGUAUGCACUUCUACGGCUGGAAGCAGGGUCUGAAGACCGGGAUGUAUUAUUUAAGGACAAGACCAGCAGCUAAUCCGAUCCAGUUCACUCUAAAUAAGGAGAAGCUGAAAGAUAAGGAAAAGAUAUCAAAAGAGGAAGAAGAGAAAGAGAGGAACACAGCAGCCAUGGUGUGCUCUUUGGAGAAUAGAGAUGAGUGUUUGAUGUGUGGAUCCUGAGGAGGGGCGUAGAAGAAGCCAGCAUGUCUUCAAUAGCCAAACCACUUCUUGAGCAUAAGUAGGUAUAAGGCUUUGCUGGACCUUAUUGCAGCAAAAAGAACAAUAGAUUUAAAGUACUGUUUCUAUAUUCCAAGUUUAGAAAGUAGAAGUUUAAGAAUGCAGAAGAAGUCAUCUUGCAGAUAAGGAGUGAUUAAAGUUUCAUCACCCUUUUAGCCCUGCUUUUCUGAUGACCUCAGUUUUUUGUUAAGGAGACUUAGUUUUACUGCUUUGACUUGUAGGUCUCAAGAAGCAAAACUAAGAGACAACUCAUGAGAAGUGCUAAUAGGACCUUAUUCUAGGUAUGGUCCUAUAGGUCAUUCUGAAAUAAACAUUUCUAAGCGAUUGUGUGA